AUGCUUUGGAACCGGUUGACACAUCCUCUUUCAUCCCUUGCCCGGCGGGGAUUGGCCAGACCACUUCGGUACAAUGCCAGAGCUCUGCAAACUGCUGGCCAGCGGUUUAACUCCUCAAACCCGCAAAGCACGGGUCAAUACACGCCCGAUCCCACCGACCAGAAUGAGUCGGAAGAGGGUCAGGGCAAGGGUCGCAAGAACGAUUCAGAUCCCAAUCUGAAAUCUACAAUCUUAAAGAUGCUCGAGUCAGCCGCAACAACUGCUGCGUCAAUUGCGAUUCUAGGAGUGGCGGGAUAUUCCUACCACCAGUACUACAAGUACCUGAUCCUGGAUAAAAUGGACAAUGCAUUCAAGCCAGGUGAUCCUGCUCUCGAGGUCGCGGGUGUAGUUUCGGGGAAACACCAUUAUCAAGAUGAAGAGCACUGGGUUGUUCGGGACGAACAGCCCCGAAUUGACGACAUUGUGGCCGGUCGACGUGGCGGUCAUUACUAUCUGAUCGUUGGCGAAAAGGGCACUGGAAAGACAUCCAUGCUCCUAGAAGCCAUGCGCAAGAUUGAUGGUAACAGCUGUGCCAUGUUUGAGGCACAUGCUGAUCUGGAGAUCUUCCGUAUUCGGCUUGGAAAAGCCCUUGACUACGAAUUCCACGAGGAUUAUAUCGGCAGUCUGUUUAGCAUUCGCGGCCCAAGAGACACCACUCCGCUGUUGGAUAUCGAGCGGGCUUUCAACAAAUUGGAGAAAGUCGCAUUGAAAAGAAGACAGGGUGGUUCUCCACCUCUCGUCCUCAUUGUCAAUAGCACACACCUUGUCCGCGAUGAUCACGAUGGGCAAGACUUGCUCGAGAUGAUCCAGCAGCGUGCGGAGCAGUGGGCUGCAAGUGGCCUCGUCACAACCAUUCUCAACAGCGAUGACUACUGGGUAUAUGAGCGCCUGAAGCGCUACGCGACCCGUAUGGAGGUUAUCGCAGUUUCGGAUCUGCCGAAAGACAAGGCAAUGACCGCGCUCUGGAAAUACCGUAAGCAGUUCUGCCAUGAGGACCUGCCCGGCUCGGUUCUCGAACAUGUUUACGACAAAGUCGGUGGUCGCCUCUCCUUCUUGAAUCGCGUUGCCAAAUCUCAGGAUGUCUUGAAGACUUGCAAUGAGAUCUGUAAGGCCGAGAAGACCUGGUUCCUCAACAAGUGUUGGAUUCUGGGCAUGGAGAUGGAUGAUGAUGUGAUGGACGAGCAGAAGUAUUCGUCUGCUGCCAUGGUCCUGGCUAAGGCGCUCGUGGAUGUCGAAAAGGAUAUGGAGAAGAGCUACGACCCGCACAAGGGCCACAUUCUGCCCGAAAUUCCCCUUCACAAGGCGCGCGAGAUUAUGACUCGUGCCGAUUUCGUCCAGUCCUACGAUCACGAGAACAUUUUCACCAUUGAUUCACGAGCCAUGGUCCGUGCCGACUCCGUCCCCAUGCAGCAGGCCUUCCGGGAAAUCUGUGCCAUGGAAGGAUUCGAGAAGCACCUGGAGGACACUCUGGAGCGCAUUGGUGACAUUGAAAGUCUUGGUCGUACACGUGAACUGACGAUCAAGGACCUCUGGAACCAAGGCAAGUACCGGAUUGUGGUCCGCGAUACCAAAGGACGCGAGAGUGGCACGGUAGAGUUCGCAGUUGCGGAACGCGAAGGCGAGGAUGAAGAUUAA